CACUUUUGUGUUGGUUCCCUGACGCAAAACAAGGAAGAAAAGAUGGCGGAUAGAAAUAGAAAGAGAUCAAAUCAUGUAUUUAUGUUGCAAGUUUAGAGUUUUGCCAGUCGCAUUCGUUGAUUCCAACCCAUGAAAUUUGAAGAAGGAAUUGUCAGUGUAUAGAAUAACCAUGGGCCUGAAGCUAAGUACGCACAGCCAGCCCCGUAUGAGAACAUACUCUGGGAGCAGUCCUGCGGGCACCAGUUCGGCCACAGGGGAUUUAGCCAUGGGUCGAUCAGGGGGGGCUGCCGCUCGUGCCCGUGCCAGAAGUCUGGGAAGCUUCCAAUCCCCUGGUCAUUCGGGUGCUUUGACUAUACCAACAUCAAAUGGCGCCGCUCACAGAAGCAAUUCGCCCGAUUCUGAUUCUAGCUCACCUGAAGAAGGGGGACCCUUCGGGCGCGCAUUUGCUCACUCUCUACCCGUUCAUUUGUUUGCUUUACAAGGAAUCAAGUGCCCAGUGUGUUCCAAGUUCAUUCCUCCAGAUGAUAUAGAGUGUCACCUUGUCAUCUGCCUCACCAAGCCAAGAAUAACCUACAAUGAGGAUGUGUUGCCAGAUGACAAGGGUGAGUGUGUCAUAUGUUUUGAAGAUCUGCAGAAAGGGGAUACCAUUGCCAGACUACCAUGCUUGUGUAUAUAUCACAAAGCGUGUAUAGACAAAUGGUUUGAAGUAAACCGUUCAUGUCCGGAACAUCCAGCUGAUUAGAGAUGCAAGGAGCUUUGGUGUGAGGACAGUGUCAGGAGUUCACAGCAGAUGCAAAAUGGUGGACAAAAAAACCCAAUGGUGCAUGAAUUUUGUGAUAUCAAACCUUCAAUGACCAUAUUUUACUUGCACAGAGAAAUUGCACAACUGUCCUUAUUGUGGUGGCAAUUGUUAAUUGCAGAGCAAUUUUGUUUGUGCCGAUCUGAUAAGUUUUCUCUCAGAUGACACAAGCAGUCAAUUCUUGGAUCAAUAAGCCAGUUUCUAUAGAUAGUCACAGUUAUUGAUGGAUCGCAAAGACUUGGUUUGGAUACACGAUUUAGUUAAAGUCUUCAGCCAGCAGUCAAUUGACCUCAAGGAUAAUCAAUCAGAAUGUGAAACAAAUCAAUGACUAACUUCCACUGAUGGCUGCCAGUUGUCAUCCGAAAAGAUGACGUCACAAAUCAUUGCCAAUCUCCCUGGGACACAGAUUCUAAAUGGGGAAGCGGAGUGGACUAUAUAUUGUAUUGAUUGGCAAGGUGUAACAAGCAGGGCUUGAUGGAAUUUCCUGUUUUGUCUAAUCUCUGAUUUGUUUGAUCUGUGUUGAUUUUGUUGCAAUGCUUCAUAAAUGGAAAGGACAUUGCCGUGAAAACAGUUAUUGCGACUUUUAUUUGACCUUUAAAGUUGUGAUCAUGGAAUGAGAAGUGUGCAUAUGCUAGGCUGGUUACCUAGGGAAUGCCUUUACACAACAUCAAAAUAAUUAACCCUUUUAAGACAGAUCCCACUUUGAGGGCAAGUGGUACAUAUCUGUCAUUGAAAGGGUGAAGGGCUGUUUUAGUUGAAAGCUCAUUGUAGCUGUGUAUAUGUGCUGGAGUGAUGUGUGUAAAGUGUUUGGUUGGUUAAUGCUUGCAUUUAACCCAGUGAAAGGCAGUGUGUUCAGAGUUGGUGGUGCAGUUUUGACACUAUGUUUCAAUGAGUGCCGUCUCCUUGGAGACAAGGACACAGACUUGAUGGAUAUAUGCCAUGUGAUACAAGUAUUGAAGUGGUUUACUGAUGUAACACAUACUCCAACGUGGUAUAAAUGUGGAAGCAUCUGUGUCAUGAUACUCGACGAGAGAGGAAUGGAGUGUCUCAUCCAUGUUUUAUCAAAAUAAUUCUCAGAGGUUCUCAAGUUGCCACAAAUCACCUGUUGGUAAUAAAAAUAAAUGCAGUGAAAUAAGAAUGAGAUUGUGAUUACGAUAGGAUUUAAUCAUGCCAGUGCAACAUCCAUUUUUGAAGUUUCUGUGUAAAGUCAUUUAAAGAUGUUUCUGAAGAAAUAUGCCUUCAGUUUUGACGGCGGAGUGGUGUAGUUGUGAUUGAUGUGGACACAGCACAAGCAGUCCUUUCUGCACACCAACAGUGUGUAAGGCACCACUACCAUCUCGAACUUCACAAGCAUCAGUCAUUUAUGUCUAUGUAUCGCCAGUCUGCAAGAGCUGGGUGGCAGGUCAACGACAGUCAGCCAUCACCAAGCUAUGCAGACUGUCAACGACACCCAGACAUGUCAACAUUAUACUGAUUUGUCAACGUUGCCCUGACAUUUCAACAUGAAGCAGAUUUCUCAAGAUUACUCCAAUGUGUCAACAUUAUUGGGCUUGUCAACAUUACCAAGAUUUGUCAACAUUAUAUGGACUUUCUAACAGUGCCCAUAUUUGUCGACAAUCUCCUGAUUUUGUCAAUGGAACAGAUAUUGGUUACUGUACCAAGAUUGUCAACUGCACAGAUUUGUCAAUUAUGCACCGUGGAUAGGGUCAAUCCUACACUUAGUGUCAGCGAUGCCUGGUCUUGUCAACAGUUGGGUUUUGAAAACAGUGCUCAGUUUUGUCAAUUACAGGUCCUUGUGAGUGGUUCCAAGACUCUUUGUCUAUGGUGCCAAGGCUUAUUGUCAAUGGAGAUGAGGACUUAUCUAUGGUGCCAAGACUUGUCAAUGGUGCCAAAGCUGUUGUCAAUGGUGCCCAGGCAUGUUGUCAAUGGAGACUAGACUUGUUGUCAGUGGUGCCCAGGCAUGUUGUCAAUGGUGACAAGACUUGUUGUCAGUGAGGCACAGGCAUGUUGUCAAUGGUGACAAGACUUGUUGUCAGUGGUGCCCAGGCAUGUUGUCAAUGGUGACAAGACUUGUUGUCAGUGGUGACAAGACUUGUUGUCAGUGGUGACAAGAUUUGUUGUCAAUGGUGCCCAUGCCUGUUGUCACUGGUGACAAGACUUGUCAACAUUGUACAGACAUUCAGCCAAAUGAAUCUACUGUGUGAUAUAAACUUUUUGUAAGAUUGUAUACAUACUUGUACAGCAUGUUGCUGCCACCAGGGAUAUGACCUGAUAUUAUAUAUAUAUAUAUAUACAUUGUGUCUGUCACUGCUUCUUGUAACCCAGUGACGUGUGCAUAUGCCUAGAAUUGGACUCGCAGCACUGUAUGUGAUCUGUCAGUUGCGUUGCAUGCUAUAGUGAUGAAAAAUGUAAAGUUUACGAACUAGUAUCUACUUUUCUGAUGUUACAAACUUUCUCGACAAUGUCUUCAGUUAAUUAGACUGUGUUUUCCUUAAUUAAGACUUGUCUGGUAAUUAUUAUGGAUUUGUUGGUGACUUCAUGAUCACUUCAUCAAAAUCGUGAACAAUCAAAGUCGUAACUGUUGUGAAUACUAUUCCUAUUGAAUCCUAUUGAAUCCUAUUGGAUCCUAGGGCUUGAAUAUUGCUAAAAUUAACAUAAAACCAAAUGACUCACUCACACAGUGUACUAUCAUCAAGUUACAAUCAAACUGACCGUUUUUGUGGUAUUAUUAACUUGGGAGAUUAUUUCUAUCCCAGACAUGCUGAACAGUUCAUUUUCAGUCCUCAAACUUCUACUGAAAUUUGGGGUAGUAAACUUUGAAGUUGUUGGUACACACAAACUAUGAAAAGAAAUCAUUAUAGAGACAUAAUCAUUAUAAGGGGCCCUCGAACAGAUCUUUUCACCCUCACUGCAUCUUCGGAGUCUAGGAAUAUGUGUCUAGAGUCUAAAAGUCCAGGUCUGGAGUCUGGGAGUUCAGGUUUAGGGAAUCCAGGUUCUAGGUGUCCAGACUUGAGAAUCUGUGUCCAUAAAUGUAGGAGUUUAGGUCUAGAGUCUAGGAGUCUGGGUCCAAAGUCUAGGAGUUUAGCUUUAUAGGUCUAGAGUCACCGGAGUCCAGGAGUCCAGUUCUAGAGUCAGCCUCAUCACAAGACUUCCCUGGGGAUACUUUGUGGAGCAGCAACAGUAGCAGCAUCAGCAUCAGCACGAUGCUGACGCCUGGUAGUCCUUGAGCUCCUCAUCCAUACUGUGGUGCACUGUAGCUCACCCGUGUUGUACAUGUGUGACUGUGAGUGAGUGAGUGAGUGGGUGGGUGGUGGAAGUUUACAUGUUGAAGGUGGACAGUUCGUUAAAUUAUGAAUAUGUCUAUUUGGCCAACAUGGGUAAUUGUUGCGUCACCAUCACGUUCAUAGCCUAUUUGACAUAUGUUUGCAUCAUGUUCAUACAUCAAUAUGAUUAAAGAGCUCUCCCUACUCCUCAUGGUCGGUUGGUUACAUUUGCAUUGAUUAUUCGAUUUCUGGAACAUGUUAUUUGCUCAAAGGCAAAAGUAACUGUGAUCAUGUGAGUUUAUUGCCAACUAUAAAAAUAAUAAUUCUUGUGAUGCAGCUUUGAUUGGUCAGUUGUCUGUGACAACUACCAGUGAUUGAUUUAACAGUAUAAAACAUGAUCUAGUGCACCCUGAUAUUGAAAAAUGGAACCUAUUAUUUAUCAUUACAUGCACUAAGUGCAUGUCGAAAUUUUUUACAAAUUUGUGACUGACUUACGAAAGAAUGUUUUCUACACCACAUCAAUCUUUGAAUUCAAUACACUUUUUGUAAAAUACAUCAUUACAAUUCUCAGUGUCAUGUGUAAUAAGACAUUGUCCUUUUGGCUUGACGUCAUAAACCCUACCAGGUCAGUCUUAUGAUAAUGACAAGAAAGCAAGAGAAAUUAUGGGAUGUUUAAGUGAUGCCGUUCAAAGUGAUCUUGCCAGUGAACUGAACAUUUCACAAUGUUAAUGACACUAAUCUGGGAUCAGAUUUUAUUUUCCUAAUUAUAUACUUCUAUAGUUAAUUUUUCCUCUGGUGUCAACAUGCACAAGGUGCAAGCUAAAUCUAGUUCCUAAAUCAUGGCCGACAACAAAGCUUAGUUCUAUGUUUUGGCGUAUUAUCGUCAAAAGGAAACACGCAUCUAAAAUGUUUCGUUCAAACUUCAUCUACAGAGAAUGAAACUUCAGAGACAUUUCACCAUAACUUGUGUCAAAAUUCACAAUUUGCCUGGCAGAAUUAUAUUUGGAAAUUUUGAAUUUGAUGAAACUUAGCAAGCCAAAUGGGAUCCAUUUUAAGCCUGAUUGAGUAUCAACAUGAUCAAUAAUCUUCAAGGACAAGAAUGUUUACAAUUGCAGGUUAGUGCUUCUGAGAAUAUCAUUUGAUAAAUAGACAGAAUAUGAACGCAGUUAAACAUGAACACAGAUACUUUGGCGUUUCUUUUGUAUAUUUGACCAACAUGAGUAUUGUCUGCGUUUAAUCAUAUUCACAUAGUUGGAGAUGUUUGCAUGGAUUCACCUAUUUGAUGAAAAGUACUUGUUUCUCAUCAUUGUCAGUUACAUUUAUUAUUUCUAUAACAUGUUUUGUUAGGGCAAAACUAUUUGAUUUACAAGGGGGACCUUAUAUUAUGAUCAAGCCCAUUUUACUGAAAACGUUUUAUGUAUGCCUCGUAUUGCAGGGGGAAAAAUGUGCCCUUUUCUUGCAGACUUUAUCUGUGUCUCCAAAAAAAGCAGUUUGUUAUUUAUUUAUUAAAAAUAAAAUUGACCACCUGUUUAUGUUGGAACAUAUAAUCGAACUCCUAAACAUUAAACAAAUGCGGAUCUGAAACCAAAAUCCUACCACCCAUCCACCCUCUGAAAAUCAAAUGGUUGCUCCCUUAUUAUUUUAUCUAUGGAUCUCACAACACAAAAUCAGGUCUAAGGGUCUUUACCUGGUCUGUAAAUCCAGCAAAGGUUAGCAGCAGAACUGGAGAUAGGAAAAUAUUGUCUGAUUUUUGUGGUUGAGAAUUAAAUUAACCUUUGUCAUUUUCAUUUUCAUCCCAAAUCUUGUGUAAAUACAAGCAGUGUUCUCCUAAAUAUUGCCUUAAUUAUACAUAUACAAGAGAAAGACAAUAUGACCAAAAUAAAUACAAUGUGCAUUCAAGAUGCUGAUUGUUGUCGCAGUGGUAGAAGAGUCGUGAGUGUUUUGUUGAAUCAGUUCAGUGGGCCGGCCGAGGGAGAAUGACGUGUUGAAUGCAUGAUGUGAUUGUUGGUUGACAUUUGUUGAUGAAAUUAACAUGUCAAUGAUGAGGGGACCUAGUCUGUGAGUAAUCAUAAUAUAUUCAUGAAUGUUCAUGAGAAAAACAACAAAGUUGUUCAUCAGGCAAGAAUUUCAUUAUCAGGGGAGGUAACUCUUCAGGGUAUUGUUUCACUUGUGGAGAAACAUCCAAUUCUGUGUUUCUGGCCUGUACCCUGUAGUCACCUGUAUGUUUCUCUGCACACUGGUGUGUAACAAACUCAGCUUUCAGCUUGAUCCACCUGGGUUUGUUGUGUCAUUUGUUUGUAUGCCUUUUAUUUUUUAUUGGUUGGUUUACAAAAACUUUGGCCUGAAAUUCAAUGUAGGUGGUCAAAUAUAAAUCAUCUUCCAUAUUAGCACCGAUACUGUCAAUAAUGAAUGAAUGAAAAAACAAACAUGUUUUAACAUGGUAAGAUAAUAACGAUAAUUGAUUGGUUGUUGGGUUUUUUAAUAAAGAUUUUGUUAAUAUUAAUCACCAUUUCUAACAAACAGCGGUGAUAAAAUUCUGUGGGUUUUUUCAAAACAGUCACCCAAGAAUAUUUUUUUAUCAAAAGUAAUGUUUCUUUCUUUCUAUUUUUCAAAACAAGUUAGCAAAAAUAUAAGGCCAAAAUUGAUAGUCAAUUUACCAGUGUUUACCACUGAAGAUUCCAAAACACAUUAACCUGUCUGUACUUCAUUGAACCUUAUAUUCUUUUGGUUAAUGAAACAUUUUGAAAAUCAGACUUACAAACUCCACCUCUUGAGGCUCAUUAAAAAGUAGCGGGAGAUCCAGGCAAGAGCUAACCAUAACUUAAUCAAUUAUCUGUAAAGACCCAUCAUGGGAUAUCCCUGUUGAUGCCUGCUCAAGUGAUAUAUAAAACUCCUAUUUCCUUUUUUAAUAAAUAUGUCACUAAUGUUUAAUUUAUACAACUGAUGUAAUCUACAAAUCUGAAGUUGCUAGUCCCUAAUUUGUUUGACAUAAUCUGUUUUCACAGACAAAAUACCCAAGUGCAGUUUAUUCUGUUGAAUCCAAGGAUGGUAAUUGUAAGUUUCAAUUAUAAGUUUUCUUUUGUUCAGGGCUGAUUUACAGAUUUGGGGAAAUUUGAUUUAGUUUUUUUUUUAAAAGUUCCUUAUCCAAGGCCCUCUGUUUUGUUCAGGGCUGAUUUACAGAUUUUGGGAAAUUUGAUUUAGUUUUUUUUUAAAAUUCCUUAUCCAAGAGGUGGUAAAUUUGAAAGACGAGUUUUAACAUAUGCUUUUUAGUUCCCUAAUGGUGGAUACCAUGAUGUUUUUAACUGUGCUAUAUGAAGUUGGACGUGAAAUUCAUUUUAAUGAUUUCUACCUGGGUAUUGACUAUUGUGUUCCCUAUGUUUUAUCCGUUUACUUCUGUGGAAGAUUUUAUUGAGAUGUCAACAUGCACAGUAGGUAUAGUAUCAUCAAUCAAACUCAAAUUUCAGUAUCUUCAUUGUGCAUGGUCAUAUAUCAAACCUGAAGAAAUGUUCUAUCAUAAUCAAGUUGCAGGCAAAAAGGAAAAUCAAAUAUUGGGUUAAUUGUGGCACACCUUUCUCUGCGAUCAAAUAUCGCCUCACAAAUGGGGAUUCAAACAAGAGGAACGGGGCUGGUUGAAAUUAUAGACAAAUUUGUCUCUUUAGAGGAAUUGGAGCUGCUUUUUUUUAUGGUGUUAAUCAAAAAGCACAUUACAGAUUUUCUACCAUACAUGUGACGAUUCAGUUCCAUCUUCAGCCUCAUCUCGUGAUUGUUUUGCAAAGGCUGUUAGUAUGAUGUCAUGACAAGACAGGCCUGGAGACAUAGUGCAAGUGUUGAACACGUUUUACCUAUUCAUUGUGACAAGUUUAUGGAAGACCAUUCAGAGAUCCAUUGUUACAUCAAUCAACAUGUAUUUUUAAAAUGAUUAUUUUUUAAACUAUUCAAACAGCAUCAGUGUAGUCAAAGGGAGGUAACUCAUGGUGGUACUUUGACAUUUUAUGCUUGUCUUUGUCAUGAUCACAAUCAUUUGAAAGAUAUUUUUAUUCAUCACUGCUUGCCUGUAAGACUUACAUUUCAGUUUGAAUUAUGUUUGUUGGUGACAAAUAAAUUCAUCUCACUGCAACAAUUUCAAAGUUUUUGUCAUAAUUUUGAUUCUUUGGGGACAUAUAUUUUCAUUGUUUUCACAAGAAUUUCACAGUUUUGCAUUACUUUGCACUGAUCAGAAAAUGACAACAGCUUUUUUAUUGGGUUUAAGUGCAUCAUGAGAUGUUUCCAUUUGUUACUGCAGGUUAUAUCAACUAAUCUUCUGUCUUAAAUUUUGAGUGAGUGAGUGAGUUUGGGCUUUACGCCGCUUUUAGCAAUAUUCCAGCAAUAUCACGGCGGGGGACACCAGAAAUGGGCUUCAUACAUUGUACCCAUGUUGGGAAUCGAACCCAGGUCUUCAGCGUGACGAGCGAACUCUUUAACCACUUGGCUACCCGACCGCCCCCUUAAAUUUUGAAUGGAAGUGAUGAUUGAGUCAUGCAUUUAUGCUUUUAUUAUCAACACAAAUGAACUGCAGGUCUUCAUUUGUUCAUGAUUAUGCUGGUCACAAUUUAAUUUUUGUAAGGAUAAAUCUGUUUUGUUUAUAUAUUCAUCCUUUGUGUUUUUCAUUGUGCAUGCUGUCCACCUAUUUCACCUGAAAUCCUUUUAAAGAAGCAUUGAAAAUAUGUACAGUAAAAUACAUGGUUCAUGUUAAAACCACUUGUUUAAUAGAUCCAACAUUUCAAGUGGUCAUGCCUUUCAACCCAAUGUUUGUAAAAUUAUGAAAUUAUGAUCUGCAGGGUUUAUAAGGGCAGGUUUCCGAGAAAUAUGCCCCUGAAUCAAGAGGACGAUGUGAGUGUGUGAGUCAGUACAUCACUGGAUGUAUGCUAAUGUAUAAUAGUCAUGUAUAUAUGCAACACCAUUUAUAAGUUGUGCAUUUUGUUGAGAUAGUGUAUUUUGUAGUGAAAGGAUACUAGUUCAUGAUAUGUACUGUUACCAUGGUUACGAAUCCAAUGCUUUCAGUUUGUGUCACAGCACUCUGUCUUACUCCACAAGUAGAUUUGGUGAUAAUAACUUUAUAUAUUGAUAUGUAUUUAAUAUUUAGUAGAGGUGGAAUAAUACGCUGGCGUCACGAUUCAGCAUCAGUUACGAUUUGUGUUCAUAUGGUACAUGAUUUUGACAACAUGCAGAAAUAAUUUUGACCUUUUUUUUGAAGAUUACACCUCUCUAUGUGCAAUAUUACACAAUUAUUUUUUCACAUUAAUAUAUUUUUUCAAAGUCGAUGUCCUCAAUCUCGAAGUUGAGUAUACAUGGUAUAUGUUACUCUCGAAUACACAGAAUAGGAAGACCAAAAUCACCAAGAAUUUGAACAUGUUAAAUCUUAUAUUUAAAGUCUAGUGGAUCAUAAGCUUAUCAAUAUUACAAAACAUUUAUUUCACUUUGGGUCCCUGAUUUGUGUAUGAGGGAAACUGCGGUCGGAUGAAAAAAUGAAAAUAUGACCCAAAGUGGUACAAGUAUUGUUAUUCCCCAUCAACCUAUGCUUGUCAAAGCAGGUUUUCACAUGGUGGUCAGGUUCACUGAUUGCGUGUCGUGGUACCUCUGCGCCAAGUAACAUUGCUCAUAAUAUCAAUUACUGAUUUGUCUGGUCCAGACACUUUUAUUUACCAGCCAUCGCCAUUAAUCUGGACAUUGUUGAGAACGGCAUUAAGCACGAAUGACAUUAAAUUCCCUCAGUGUUCUUGCAGAGACAGCAUUAUUGGUCCUUGUGUCACUGCCAGAGUAUAAAUCUUCACAUUGUUUGAAGGAGUUCCAUAUGAACCUGUUACAGUGUAAUCACCUUUUGUCGAUUAAAACUAUACUACCGUAUUCGAUGUAAUAAGCGCCCACGGCGAAAAAUUGCUAAUAUAUUGGAUAUUGAACAAUCCAAAUUAGCAUCCCUUCCGACUGAUCAAUGUAUACAAGACUUAUUUAUUCGCAUAUAAUACGCACUCGUGUGUUAUAUUCACCCUUAAUUAUGGGCAAUUAAAUCAUAUCUGUCGUAUAUAACAUUUCAGGCUGCCAGCAUAAACCACGAAGUUUAUCUUUCAAUAUUCUAAUAAGAGCCCCCUAUUUCUAAUUUUGAGAGCACUCUAGGGCUUAUUACGUCGUAUAUGGUAAUCAAAAGUAGUUGAGGCCCACCAGACUCUUUCAUAUUACUAUAGGGGGCACGGUUGGCCAAGUCGUCGCGAUUCGCUGUGCAGAGUUGCGUCCCUUGGACACGCCAGAAACCUAUGAUUGUGGGUUCGAAUCCCGGUUCGCCCCGAUUAUGUUUCUAGGUUUGUCAGCACCAUACCUGUGCUCAUGGGUUUCACCGAAGUGGUAAACGUCUGAGACCUGCAUCACUUCGGGCUUUCCUCCCACAUUAAGCUGACACGCCUUGAUAUAACUGGAAUAUUGUUAAAAGCGGCGUAAAACCCAACUCACUCACUCACUCAUAUUACUAUAGUUAAUCUGCCAUGCCAGGACUUACUGUUUGAAUGUAUGACCCUAUGUAUUGGGCUCUGAGAUAGUCAAGUCAGCAAAUUGGUGACUCAUCAGAUUAAAGAACUAAUCUUUGUGUUCCCUGUUGAAAAUAUUUUUAAAUCAGCUUAAGACAAACUCGCUUGUUCAAUAUCAUGUACCACAUGAAGUGUCGUGUAACUAACCUGAAUGAGAUUAACACUUCUAGAGGUAGGCACCUGUUCUGUUGCCGAUGAUCUUGUGGAUGUAGCGGAACCCUGUAUUGGAGUCUGUCUAGAGAUAUUCCAGACAAGCAAGUCAUGUCAAAGUCUUUCAGAUUUGUGUGUGUAACCAGGACAGAUUGCUUGUGAGCUUCUUGUGUAUGAAGGCUGAAGAAAGUCUUUGAUGGCUUUCUGGUUCAGUUUGUGUUGACAAUUGUAUUUCCCUCAACACUAACCUGAUGGAUGUUAGGUGUUGGUAUUCAUGAUUGUGUUCAGUGUCAAAAUGCAGACAAGAGGAGGGCAGUUUUAUAGAUUUCAUUCAAUUGUUGUCAUUAGAAUGACAUUUAUGACACUAUGGUUUGGAUAUUUCAAGGUAAGUAAUUGUUGCGAAUAGCUGCAAGAUUGUUGAGCAAUAAUUACUCACUCUGCAUAAGUAAACAUCUCUUUAUCUUUCUUUUUCAGUUUUAUUUGUGUUAAUAUGAAAAUAAAUUCAACCAGGGCUGUGUUCGACAAAUUGAACAAAGAUGAUCGCAACUCCUAUAUAUGCAUUCAACAUAAACCUUAAUAGUCGUACCACUUAGAUUUCUUUGUGGAAUGAGGAUCACAAGAAAGUUAAAAUAAUUUUGUUAUUUUCAGUGUUUGUGUUAUAAGUGAAUACUGUAUUUUAAUUUUAGCUCACUUUGCCUCAGUUUUUCACAAGUUGUCUUUUGUCCAUCAUCAGUGUUGAUAAACUUAUUCAAGGCAUCACAAUUGAACUUUCAAUAUGGCUACCAGGAAGCCAUCUUUGAUUAAAAACAAGAAAAUAUCUUGUCAAAAACGUGAAGAAGCAAAAACCCAAACUCACAUUGAGUACCCGGGUAGGUGCAAGUUUGAUCAGAAAUCAGAUAUGGCUGCCAGGGUCCAAAGGGAAGUAAAAGAAAAUCAGGAGUCAUUCGUCACAAACAUUAUGUCCUUAGAAACUACUUGCCCAACAAAACUUAAACUUCAUAUACUUGUUCCUAUGAAUGAUGACACUCAAAUUUGUUCAAGAUGUUUGUGUCACUUCUCAGCCAUUUCAGCUGAAAAUGUACCGAAAUGCGGUUGUGACUGUCAACAUCUCUGAAAUUUCCAGAUUGAGGCUACUGAACUUUGGCAUUUAUGGUUCUCAUUAGGAUGACAUCAUAAUUUGUUUCAUUGAUUAGAAUUUUACUGUGUUUUUUGUGAAACAAUUGGAAAAAUUGUAUGGAAUCAGACAAAAAUUAUUCUCCUUGGAAGGCUUUUGAGACUCAGAGUUGAAACUGUGUGAAAAGUAAAUUUGAAUAGUUGUUUAUUUCAACAAUGUUAUAUGAUAGCACGUUUAUUCUUGCAUAUUUGGAAACAUUGUGGAUAGUUAGUUACUUGUUUGUUAGUACUUUCGUAUUUAUGCAGACCGCAUUUGAAUAGCAAUGCAGAACGCUGCUUCAUUGAGGUGGCUGUCUUUGUUGACAUUUUAACUGUUUCACAACGUAUCCAGGUGAGCUGCAGUGCACUAUUUUCUGUUAUUGUGUUUCGAAAAUGUGAAUUUAUGAAUUCUUUGGAAGCUAUAAAACCACUCUCCUCUUUUUUAGGUAGGCGAUUACCAAUACUGUGUAUGUUAAUGAAAUAUUGUGGUAAUGUUGACAUAUGAUGAUUUCAAUAUAUUUACAACAUAGGCCUUUUGUCAGCUUCUUUUUUGUUGAACAUUUUAAGCAAUUUUGAGAUUAUUUUCUUUGCCAAGAAUUUACCCUCAGUUCCAUGUAGGAUGCAAGUGAGAAAUACAAGGCCAGAGCAAUGUUAGUCCUUGUUCCAUGGAUUUCACAUGCCAAUAUGUCAAGAUUCAGGGGGAAGAACAUAGGGGACAGAUUUCAAUGAUGGGGAAUUACAAUACAGUGCUUAUUGCCUGGUUGUUUAAAGACAUGUAAUUGUAAGGAGCUAUUAACCAGGAAAGGGAAGAAAUAUGUAUGUUUUCAAUCACACACACAGGAUGUAUUUUUGUCCUUUGGAAGAAAAAGAACUCUCUGUAAAACCAUGAAAAUGGGUUUGGCGUUAUUUUGACCUAUUGACCAUACUUAGGGACUGACCAUUUAAUAUUUAGGAGGUGUCUGCUUUUUUGUUUGAGACAAAAUGUUUUUGGUCAGUGAUUCUAGAUAAGGUUAUUUUUCUUUUAAUUCAUCCUGUGUGUCUAGGGAACAGUUUUGUAAAAUCUGAGGCGAAAUAAUUUCGCUCCAGCACUUUCUGGAAGACAUUUUGUUUUUCAAACAAAGUCCCUCACACCCUUAGAAUACUAAAUGGGUCAUCCCUUAUAUCAUAGAUUGAGCAUAAAAACCCAGGAACAUUAUUGGUGCAUUGUGAAACAUCAACCAAUGGUGGCCCAGAUGUGUGUAGAUCAUGUUUUCCUCAUAUAAUGUUUGGUGUAUUUUGCGAAAGGAAAACAUGUUCAAAAUCUAAAAAUAGCACAUUGGAUAACUUGGAUAUAAUAAACUGGCCUCCGUGGGCAAUCGUAGCACUAAAACGAUCGUAAGUAAAGGUUAAAGUAUGGGAGUUAGGACGAUCUUAGCACUAUGAUAGCUUUGUGCAACAUGGCCGUGGACAGUAGAACAGGAAGAUGUGUGUGUGUACAUGGUUGGGGUGCCAUCAUAAUAAUACCUCCAGUGGGUAGGACACGUCCUCUGCAUUAUAUCUACAGUGUCAGGUGCUCGUGAUGAGAAUGGACGUGCGUAGGUACACUGGCCAAUGCUGUUCUGUGUUCGACCUUGAACAUAACCUUGAAUUUACAUGUGCUUACUGUAACGGCUCCCUGCAGAGCUGGAAUAAGUGCAUGUUUUAUUCCAUCUUUUUCAUGUACUGACUUUGCAUUUCAAUGGAACUGUGGACAAUAUGAAUAAACGAUAUUGAUGAA